UUCUUCAUGGCCACCUGUGAAGUCAAGUGUGGCGCUGUGGCUCUCGACAUCGCCGACCGACAGAAUGCGCACAGCAUGACGCUCGCAGUAAGGGCUGUCGUCGAGCUUUUCCGGCUCGUCAAGUGCGAGAAGGAGAUCCAUCGGGAAAUCCUCGCCUUCUCCGUCUCGCACGAUCAUCGGUCAGUCCGGAUCUACGGUCACUACGCUGUGAUUGAUGUGGCCAAAACUACCUUCUACCGCCACCUGAUCCAUGAGUUCAGCUUCUCGGCUCUAGAGGGGAAAGAGAAAUGGACGGCGCACAAAUUCACGAAGAAUGUUUAUGAUGCGUGGAUGCUAACUCACUUUAAAAGACUCUGCUUAGCUGUUAAUGAUUUGCCCCCUGAGUUAGACUUUAGUGUCCCACCACUCCUGCAAGGCUCCGGGCUUUCGCAAGGCUUAGCAUCCCAUCAUCUUUUGCAAUCCUUAGCGGAGUCGGCCUCUUAGUUAGAAGAUGAUGGUUAAUUAGGUAGCCUUCCUGCCUACAGUCCUCACAAUAUAUAACAUUAGAGAAGAGCAUUAGGUAAGAGCUA